GGCCCGGAAGGAGCUGAUGGGAGCUGGGACCUCGGCAGCCAUCGCGCUUUGCAGUUCGAACUAGAAGGUUGUAGGGCGGACUCCAGGUGGGGAAUUGCGAUCUGCCCAUUCGCAGACCCAGUAAGAUUUCGAUAUGUCCUUCAUAUUUGACUGGAUUUACAGUGGUUUCAGCAGUGUGCUACAGUUUUUAGGAUUAUAUAAGAAAACUGGUAAAUUGGUAUUUCUUGGAUUGGAUAAUGCAGGAAAAACAACAUUGCUACACAUGCUAAAAGAUGACAGACUUGGACAACAUGUCCCAACGUUACAUCCCACUUCAGAAGAACUAACCAUUGCUGGCAUGACCUUUACAACUUUUGAUUUGGGUGGACAUGUGCAAGCUCGAAGAGUGUGGAAAAACUACCUUCCUGCUAUCAAUGGCAUUGUAUUUCUGGUGGAUUGUGCAGACCAUGAAAGGCUGUUAGAAUCAAAAGAAGAACUUGAUUCACUAAUGACAGAUGAAACCAUUGCUAAUGUGCCUAUACUGAUUCUUGGGAAUAAGAUUGACAGACCUGAAGCCAUCAGUGAAGAGAGGUUACGAGAGAUGUUUGGUUUAUAUGGUCAGACAACAGGAAAGGGCAAUGUAUCUCUGAAGGAACUGAAUGCCCGACCCUUAGAAGUUUUCAUGUGCAGCGUGCUCAAAAGGCAAGGUUACGGAGAAGGUUUCCGUUGGAUGGCACAGUACAUUGAUUAACAACCACUUGCAUCGGUUCCAGGUCUCAUCAUUCAGGCCUACUCAGAGAUUUGAUCCACUCAACAUGCAUAACUUGAAUUCAAUAGACUUUUGUUGGUUAGAAAACAGAUUUUUUUAGAUUAUUAAUAUUAUAUCAACUUAAUUUGAGUGCAAAUUGAAAACUGAUUCAAGUUUGAGUAUCACAAUGUUAGCUUUCUAAUUCCAUAAAAUAGUUUAUACAGUUUAUAAUCUGACAUUAUCCCCAGUGCCAUUUAUAAAGAACAACUUUCCAGCAGUACAUUUGAAGCACUUUUUAACAACGUGAAGCUACGAAUACAAACCAUGUUUAAAAGCUCAUCAUGUUAAAUUUUUAUGUACUAUUUUGGAACUAGUUUUUAAAUUUUAGAUUAUAUGUCCACCUAUCUUAAGUGUACAGUUAAUAAUUAGGUUAUUGAUGAUUGCAUGAUGCCUUACAGUUUUCAAUAAUAUUUUUUCUUAUGCAAACGUCAUGCAAUAAAACAUAUCCUGAUGUUUGGCAUCUUUGUUGGGCAGGUGUUUCAUUUUAAUGUGUCUUAUCUAGCUAGUAUGCUCUGACGUUUUUAGUAUUUAAUAACAUACGUAUGAGGGGGUUGUGGGGCAGGGAGAUCACUUCAGAAUUUUUAGGAUAAUGUGUAAGUCUCUAGAAGCUUUUGCAUUUACCAUAAGACACACUGUGUUUGGUUCCAUUUUACACAUUUCUCUCUGCAUCGCGUAUAUUUGUCACAGUAAUGCUACCAUGAUUAAUGCUGAUGGGAUCCACCUUCUAGUUUCUGUGGGAUCGGUCUUUUGAAGAAAAGCACAUCUGGUACAACACAGGGUUAAUUGGGGGUUUGAUAGGCUUAUAGCUCCAUUCCAGUUGUCUGAUUCUGAAGUGUUCCAACUUACCGGUGCCCUGUUUUGGUCAUUUGUGCCUUUUCACCAAAAGUAGUGACGGGCACCAGUGUCCCCACAUUUAGAGGUACUCCCCACUCCCUUUUAAAUAAUGACGCAACAGGUAGCACAGCACCUUGUGCGUAGCUUCAUUGUAGAGGCCUGUAUGUGUGAGGAGAAAGGAAGCCUAUUCGGCCGUCUGAGCUGCAUGGGGAUUCUGGUCCUGUCCUAUAGCUCUUUUGCAUUGUUUGGCAUAUUUUAUUUCUCAUUAGAAAUCAAUGAAUGCUUGUGUUCGAUUUUCUUUUUUCUUAAUUGCUGUCAGCUCUUACUUUAUAUUUAUAGCACAAAGUCUUUUGUUUUUACAAGUAAUGCCUGCUGUGUGAUAGCAUCUGCAAGCCUCACUGAUAGAUUAAUGUUUUAGGUAGCUUUUAAAGCACUUUAAUUUUCUAAGAAAUUGAGUAAUUCUUUUCCAUGAGGUUCUGAGAUUCCUGUAAUUACUAAAAUAAGCUGAAAGAUAAGUGCCAAAUACGUAUUUUUAAAGACUCAAACUUAAGAGAGUUAGUUCUCUCUUGGUUAUAAACCAGGAUUUUAUAGUAUAUUUAACUAGUUCCAUUGAGAAUAGAUUGCUCCAUUCCAUCAAGAAUAAUUUUAAUAUCAGAAUUAGUGUUUUCUUUAGCUUUUUUCCAAAUCAGUUACUCUAGUUCUAUCAUUAAUAAUGGAACAUCUGAGACAGAUUAAGGAUUAAGGGAUAUGACUGGAAGGAAUCACCAGUUAGCUAAAUCAACAAGGUCAUUUCAGCAUGACCUCUGGUUUUAGUAAUAUGGCUCUUCUGUUUCACUUUAACCUUUCUUUCAAAUGAAAAUAGAGCUUCUUCCCUGCUUAGAAUCAUCACUAGCAUCAUGGGAAAAGGAGGAGAUGACAUAUCAACCUGUUGGUUUAUUUUGCCACAUUUAAUUCAAGUACUUACUCUUAGGGGCACCUGACUGGCUUAUUUUAUGGAGCAUGUGAUUCGACCUUGGGGUUGUGAGUUCAAGCCCCACACUAGAUGUAAAGAUUACUUAAACGAAUGAAAAAUAAAUCAAGUACUUCUAAUAUCCUGACUAAACAGAACUAGGCCUUAUUAAAAGUAACUGUCUCUUGUUGGUAUCUAUCUUGAGCACCUACAAGGACAUUGCAUUUUCUUCAAGUAUUUCCUUAUAUUGUGAUAUUGUGAAAUCAAUUACUUGUGUCAUAAAUUGGUAUAAAGGAAAAAACCCUCCUAAUUUCUCUGAAGUGGAGAAAUGCUUUCUGGUACAAAAUAUAUCAUUCCAGAAUUCUCAUUCUAGUUCUGACACUGGGAUCAUAGAAUUAAAGUCAGUUGUGGACCACAACUAAACUGUGGCUAUUUUCCCAAUGAUGAGAGAUUCUUACGGCCUGAAUGUUCAGAAAUGAAGCUGCACAUAGCAGCAAGUGGCUUUCAUCCCAGCUCUGGGGAGAUGGGCCCGAGUCAUUGGGCUUACCAUCUCACUCUUCCAGCUCCUCUGAACACAUCCAUUGAGUCACUGCUCCCCUUCAAGAGAAGCAUAUUAAGAGAAUUGCAAGAAAAAGUAAAAGCACAUGGGGAAGACAUUUACUCUCUACAUGCUUGUGCAAGUAUGUGCGCCUGUUCAGUAUUUUGGGGUAAAUUGUAGCAUUGGGGACAUAGAUUAAUUUUGUACCUUUUACCAUAAGUUGUGAAAAUGUAUACAAGAUUGGAUUCCAUAUAAAUCAGGCACUGCUCAAAACAUACAUUAAAAUCUUUAGUCUACAGCUCUAAAAAACAAGAUCUCAGCCUGCAUUUCUCAUUUUAAUGAAACCCUUAACCUCACACCUCUUUCAAGGAUUGCUGUUAAUUAUAUUUUCGGGUAACUUUUUAAACUGAUUCCAGUUUGUCUUUAGCUCAGUGAAUUUUUAAAAUGGAGAGAAGAGCAUAGCAUUUUUUAAAAUUGGGGCAAGACAUUUUCUGAAAUAUAUGAAAAAAAUUCUUCACCAUUGGCUUGGUUGACCCAGUAUCUUUGAAUGCCAAAGAUGUAUGAAUCCAGAUACUGCCUGCAUAGAUGUCAAUUUCAGUUUUGUGUGCUUAUAUGCAUAUACACAUUUACUGUGGUUUACAAUGUUUUUUUUUUCCUGAGUUUUGAACCAGCUCACACGUCUUCCUAGUACUUUCCAGCACAUAAACUUGCAAAAUAAUUAAAAUAAGGUAAUAGCUAUAAUAAUACUGUUUCUUGCCUUCUGCAAAAUGAUUUGAUCAGUCACAUUCAAAACACAUCAUUUUCACAAGUUCGAUCAUUAAAAACAGUGUAAUUCUAGCUGACAUGAUUUGAGAGUUGUAAGAGAAAGGUUUACAUGUUGUGAAACUGUAUUGGUUGUGACUCACUGUGGCAUUUCAGUUUUGAUAGUUAUGUGAUUCAAGUUUGCAAAGAUUUAUUGCCAAAUUUUCACUAGACUACAAUGAGAAGAGCUAAUAUGAAGGGAAUGCUCUCAAAAUAUCUUGCGUUCAUUUUACUUAGAAUAUAUUGUUUGAAUCAAUUUAAACCUAUGUAAAAGUUGGUGAAGGUUCCAAAAUUUUCCAAGAAAGCAUAAAAAAAUAGAGAUGAGCACAAAAAAAUUCCUUAAUGCAAAAUUAAAGAUGAAUUAAAGGUUUUCUAUGAACCUUUACUAUUUUUUGCUAUAAAUCUAAGCGUUCAGAAAACGGUGUAUCUUCAAUGAAGGUCUAAAUUCUCAAAACUAUAUGGUAUGCUUCUGAUGGCUUCCAUCACUGGUCUUUUGAAAUGCAAAUCAGUGCUUUUUAAGCCCCCAUUCCCCC